GUGCGGAGUCCAAAGAACAAGAUAUUGGGGAAAAGUGUGGCUGGUAAGCAAGACCCUGCGUUCCAUUUCGAAGUAAAGCAAAAUGUUGGCUCGUGUGUUCGGUUGUGGUCGACAUGGGUUCGGAUACCGAAUAACCAAGGAUUCGCUACGGAUUGCUGGAAGUGAAACGGCGGCGCGGCAGCAAAGGCAUGCAUCAACAUCAGAGGGUUCUUUGAAGCAGACCCCUCUGUUUGACUUUCAUCGGGAGCAUGGUGGUAAGAUGGUGGAGUUUGCAGGCUGGUCCAUGCCCGUGCAGUAUAAAGACAGCCAUAUCAACUCACACAUGCAUACACGCCAACACUGCUCCAUCUUUGAUGUUAGCCACAUGCUACAGACCAAAGUCCAUGGGAAGGACAGAGUAAAGUUCAUGGAGUCUUUGAUAGUGGGGGACAUUGCAGAACUGAAGGACAACCAGGGGACACUCUCUCUCUUUACCAAUGAAAAAGGAGGGAUCAUGGAUGACCUUAUUGUCACUAGGACAGACCAAGGCUACCUUUAUGUGGUCUCUAACGCUGGGUGUGCUGACAAAGACUCCGCCCAUAUGAAGGCUAAACUGCAGGAGUUUAAAGCCUCAGGACAUGAUGUUGAAUUGGAGUUUCUGGAGGAGAGCCUGAUUGCACUGCAGGGUCCAACAAUGGCACAGGUUCUGCAGUCUGGUGUGCCUGAUGACCUCAGUAAGCUGACCUUUAUGACCAGUGUUCUGACCCCAGUGUUUGGCAUUGCGGGCUGCAGGGUCACACGCUGUGGAUACACCGGAGAGGAUGGAGUGGAGAUCUCUGUGCCGCGUAAGGAUGUGGUUUCUCUGGCAGAACGUCUCCUGGCCAACGGCGAGGUCAAGCUAGCCGGCCUUGGUGCUAGAGACAGCCUGAGGCUUGAAGCUGGGCUCUGUCUCUACGGCAACGACAUUGAUGAGAACACGACGCCUGUUGAAGCCAGCCUCGUGUGGACCAUAGGUAAACGACGUCGUCAGGCAAAGGACUUCCCAGGGGCAAACAUCGUUGUCCCUCAGAUCAAAGCGAAGACCCAGAGGAAGAGGGUUGGCCUAAUCUCCACAGGACCCCCAGUGCGCCAGCACACUCCCAUCCUCGCUCCCGACGGGAGAGUCAUAGGUGAGGUCACCAGUGGAUGCCCCUCCCCAUGCCUAAAACAGAACGUCGCUAUGGGUUACGUGGAGGCGGGCUUCAGUAAAGUAGGCACGCCGUUACAGGUGGAAGUGAGGAAGAAGGCGGUACCAGCCGUGGUCAGUAAGAUGCCCUUCGUCCCCACCCGGUACUAUACUGGCCAAUAGAGUUGUCGAUCCCUGACUCUGGAUCAGUCCAUCUGUGUCUGUAAGACAAAGAAAGAUGGCCUGUAAAACUGAAGAUUCCUUAUUCCAUAUUAAUUUGGCCCCAAUGGGACUUGCCCUUAAAGCUACAGAAAUUUGCUUAGAGCAAGCAUAUAGUACGUCGCUGACAGUAAUAUAUGAACUUGAACUUCAUGACAUUUCCAUGUAAUGCACAUUAUGCAUAUUAUGCGCAUAAUCCAUAUAUUACUCCAGGCAUUCAGUGUCUUAAGUAAUAUAUGGAGGCUGAGUUGAUAGUAUUCCAUAUUUUUGCAUAUUAUUUGGAUGCACACACAAACACACACACAGACUGCUUACUAUGAUCCUUUUGUCUCUAAAUCUCCCUACACAGUUCUAAAGAUAAAGAGUUAUUUUUUUCACCUUUCUUGGUGGGUGUUUGUGUGUGCAUAUGGCUAUCUGUGCUGUAUUUUUAUAUAAAUGUGCACGCGAGUUUGAGUGAAUGAGAUGCUCAUUGUCUGCUGUAUGGGAAGGGACCACAAACGUCAUUUUCAUUGUGUUGGUUGUACGUCAGUGAUUUAGUGACAUAUAGUGUUCACUUUGACCGAAUUCCUUAGACAUUGUGAUUUAAAAAAACAAACAAACACAAAACUAUUCAAGUGCCUCGGUUCUGCAAAAAAAUCUACAAAGAUAAUUGUUUGUUUGUUUUUUUUUCAGUGAAGAGACUGCUGCAUAGUCCUCUGUCAUUCAGUAUCUCAUUUCAUAUCUCUCUUUUCAUAUUUUGUAACACAGGUAUCUUACUUAACACUUAACAACUAAAAUUUUAGUAAAAACUUGAAAACAGUUCAAACUAAAACUCUAUUUUCCAAAUCAUAGUUACAGAAAAUGACUAGCAUCUAGAUUUUUUUGUAUUUCUGGAUUUCUUUGUCUAGAACUAAUGAUUUUUUUUUUUUUUAAUUAUUAUUUUUGAAGUGAAUUCCUAUUCAUUUUCAAUUCUGCAUGUGCGAUUUCCACUCCAGUGCAAAUUCCAAGAAUGGAACUGGAACUAAUCAUCAGUUCUCAACUCAGUUCAGAACUGAACGUAACCCUGAUUAAAACACAGGGACAAGUUUUCAAAAAUGCUUGAUUAAUAAGUCAUUUUUUUGAUAAUGGCGAGAAAUGAAAUGUUUACACUUUUUGCCCUUGAACUACUGAUAAAAAUAUAAAGUACUUAUAAUAACAGUCUUCCUACAAACAUUAUAAUAAUCUUUCUUAAAAUUUAAAAUAUUUUAUUGAAAUAGUUAUACUGUCCUAACGAAGAAUGGUGGUUGUGAAGAACUGAGAUGUCACCCCGCUACUACUUGUGGCACAGUAAAUGUAAAAUACAUUAAAACCAUUUAUGAGUUGUUAUGACCCAGAAAUGUUGUCAGUCUACAGUGUAAUAAAGAAU